AAUCAAUAGGUUGUUGGCAAACGACAUACGCUGCGUUCUCGAUUUUUCGCUGGGAACAAUAGGACGCAAGUGCCAAGUUCACAUAUUGUAUAUGACAAGUGUACUUGACGAGUUUUGCGGAUUAAUUUUAUCCUACCACUCAACCACUGACAGUAAAUAGUAUGAUAAUCAUAACAAACUAUAGAAUGAUUAAAAACUAAUGAUAUGUUUAUUAAAUGAAUUUCAUCUAAAUAUAUGGAAUCAAUUUAGAAAAUAGCACUUUAGAUUUAGCUUGGCCAAAAUGGUAUUGUCAUUAGCUUUAAGUACUUGCAGGUGUAGGGUUAGUUUCACUAGAGCAACUCCAUCCCUAUUAUGCCCAAGCUAUCAAAAGUAUAAUCAAAUAAAGUAUUUGCAUGACAAAUCAGUGUAUAAAACUAAAGAAGCAAAGAGAAUACAAUUCUACAUCCUAAACAGAUUCCUCAAGUAUCUAAAAAACUAUGAUAAAAUUCUGGAAAAAAACUUUCCAACCACUAUGAAAACAUAUAGGGUGUUUGUGGAUGGUAUUAAAUACUUUAGCAUAGAUACCAAAGAAUAUUUUAAAAUAGUAAUGCUUCUCAAUAGUGCUGGGGGCAAUUACUCAAAAUUGCUUAGAAGAGAGAUAGAGUUAUAUCAUCAAAUGCCCAAAGAUAUGAUGAAGGUUGCACCAGUGAUUAUUUUUUCAGCCUUGCCAUUUGCUUUUUAUAUUCUCCUACCCCUUGCAUAUGCUUUUCCCAAACAAAUAUUAACAACACAUUUCUGGUCGACAGAACAAAAGGAAAACUUUGGGAUUGAUUACAUGCAUAACACCCUUAUACAUAAUAAACCAGUUUUCAGGCACUUACAGUCGCAAGUAAAAUUCAUAAAAUAUCAUCCAAAAAAGAAAAUAUUCUUUGAGGCGUGGAAUAAAAUUGUGGCCGAAAUAGGCAGUGGUGUGCAACCAUCCGUAGAUGAUAUUUUGUCUUGUAAAGAACUGUUUCAGGAUGAACCCUAUCAUUUAUCGUAUCUGAGUAGAAACCAUAUAUAUCACCUUCUAAAAGUGCAUGGAAUACAUAUUGGUUGGUUUAGGAGAACCAGACUGGCAGAUCGGGCUCAGAUUUUAAUAGAAAUGGAUAAAGCCAUAAUGCGAGAGGGUGGUGUUCAUAAUAUGCCAUUAGAGGCCUUAAAAAAAUGUUGCUAUAUUAGAGUGUUUUUCUUAGGACUUAAUCCAAAGUUUGCUACUCAAGAGCAUAUGAUCAAAUGGUUGACAAAUUGGAUAAAAAUAUCUAACGACAUCGACAAAAAUACUCUGUCUUUGCUGCUACACUGUCCUGUAUUACUGGGCUACAAUGAGCAAUCAAAUUGGUGUUUAAUUUAUCCACAGAAGUAAUUAUUUAUUUAAAUAUUUUAAAUUGGAUCCUGUGUAAAUAUUAAGAUUAUGUUAAUAUACUUCCAUAAAGUAUGUAUAAAAAUGUUGUGUAAUAAAUGAUAUAUUGUGUUUUA